UUUCGCGGAGAGGGUAUAUUUGCAAACUGUCAAUAUGUCAUAUCAGUUCCGCGCUUUUCUGUUCAUUAAAUGAAUUUUCAUUUAUAAAAUAUGUAAUAUUUUAGUGAAAUGAAAGAUUUACGGAAUAUGAUUUUAUAUUAUAAAUAUAGUUUAGAUAGAAAGUUAUAGAAUAAAACACUAUAUUGUUUAUUCAUAUUGAGUAUGCAUGGUUUCAUUUAGUUUGUUGGUGGCAAAAUGUCCACGUCAGAAUCUGGUGUGGGAUGUAUUAGUGAAGUUACACUUGCAAUUAGUAAAGCAAGGGGUUCUCAAUCAGGCACUGUAAGAGUACUGGAUAGUCCAGACUCUGAUGGAUCUGGGCAUUCAAAUUCAUUUACUGUACAAAGGUUUAAUUAUCCUAAUAAUGAUAAUGCAAAUUCCGAUAUUUUACAUCCUCCACUAACUAGUGAUGAUGUAAGAAUACCAAUUGUUGGAUAUGAAGUUAUGGAAGAAAGAGCUAGGUUUACGGUUUAUAAAUUACGAGUGGAAUUAAAAAAUGGAGACUGUUGGUUUGUAUUUAGAAGGUACACAGAUUUUGUUCGUUUACUAUCACAAUUAAGAAGGCAGAAAAUUCCAGUUUCUCAAUUAAGUUUACCAAGAAAAAAGUGGCUUGGUGAUAAUUUUGCUCCAAGUUUCCUAGAAGAAAGAAUACGGGGUCUUCAAGCAUUUGUUAAUGGAAUAUUAAGCAGCCCUCUUCUCAUAGGAACUGCAUGUGUCAGAGAAUUCUUCUGUUUGGAUGAGCCACCUGCUUUAUCUGACACAGCGGAAGAAUCUAGAGCAAUUUUUGAAGCAUUAGAAGAUACUAUAUAUCAUUUAAGACAGCAAUUAAGAGAAAGAGAUGCUGCACUUGCAGCUGAAACAGCUUUAUGCAAUGAAUUUCGGAAAAAGUUACAUCAAAUAUUGAGUGAAAGACAAACCUGUCAAAAAUGUGGUGCAUCUCAGCCAUAAUUUCUUAUGAACUAUUUUGAUAUAUGAUAUUGAUAAAAUUUAUUACACAGAGACUGGUAUAAAUAGACAAUUUUAGUUUUA